AGACUCGACUUCAUUCCAUCAUGGCUGGCAAGGGAAAGACCAAGAAGAGCAAGAUGCCCGUCUCGCGUUCGGUGCGCGCCGGCCUUCAGUUCCCUGUGGGUCGUAUCCACACGUUCCUCAAGAAGCGGACGACUUCGACCGGCCGUGUCGGUGCGACUGCUGCCGUGUACAUGGCUGCCGUGCUGGAGUACCUCACCGCCGAGGUGCUCGAGCUUGCCGGUAACGCCGCCAAGGAUCUCAAGGUCAAGCGUGUGACUCCGCGUCACCUCCAGCUCGCCAUCCGUGGUGACGAGGAGCUCGACGUGCUCAUCAAGGCCACCAUUGCCGGCGGUGGUGUCAUUCCGUACAUCCACUCGUCGCUCUUCGCCAAGAAGAAGAAGAAGUAAUCGUGAUGCCCCUCCGCCUCGAGCUCCUCGGCUUUCUCCCGAGCAGCUAUCGCCCCAUGCUUCACCUCGUAGCGGUCCUUGCAUCUGUGGACAGAUGCUGGUGCUCCUCCGUUGCGAUUUUACGCGCCUGCUAAAUGACCAUGUCUCCAUCGA